AUGCGGCCACUGCACGUCUGUUCCCUGGCCUUAUUCUCAAUUUUGGCACCCGUGCUUGUCGAUUCACAGUACCCAAUUACCUAUGGUUGUAUGGCACAAAUCUUGGCGUAUGCGCCAAUGAACAAGUUGAAUACUUUUGUGAACAACUUGAACAACAAGGACACCACACUGGCGUUGAAGAAGAAGAGAGCUAACACGUGGGUUCCAGCAAAUAUGGGCACCCACAAAUUCGCCGCUCUGGACAUCUACGGAACGAGUUCGACUGCCCUAUCGGGAGUGAUCAACUUGCUCGACCAUCGCGAUACUGUCGGAAAGUUCUGGAACGAUUUGACACCUGGCCUGACUAAGGUGUUCAAUGCGUCGGUGGCAAAAACCUACAAAAAUAUGUGGGCAAAGACGGAUAAGGUUCAUGAUAACGCGUUUUUCGAUGCGUUGAACGAGUGGUACGCCUACUGUCAUUACCAUAGUCCCGCCGGAAAACGUACAGCUCUCUACAACGCGAUUCAAGCGGUCACCGGAAAGUACACGAACAACACCGCAUUGAAUUUCGAGCCGCUUAGCGAUGCCUACUAUACUCGUUACAUGUUAAUGACGGUUUUGGGAAUGUGGUAG